AUGAACGCACUUCGACAGCGUCUGCCCGCUCCCAGGCAGGACCAGGCUGCCCGCCAAGCACGCAAGAAUGGCGGUGCUGAAGGCGGAAAGGCUGGGUACGAGCCCUCCCGUAUCGCACAGCUUGCCCAAGAGGCCCCCAUCUGGUAUCGCUCUGCCGCUCGCCGGCGGCUCUACUUCCUGCUGUUCCCUGCGGCCGUUGUCUCGUAUGCCACGAGUGGUUACGACGGGUCCAUGAUGAACUCAUUGCAGACCGUGUCUUAUUGGGAUGACUUCUUCGACAACCCGCGAGGCGCUCAGCUCGGACUCAUGAGCGCCAUCAUGUCCCUCGGCAGCAUCUGCUCGACGCCCAUCGCGCCUUGGGUCGCCGACAAGUAUGGCAGGCGCAUGGGUAUCACUGUCGGCAGUCUCAUCAUGAUUAUUGGUGCGAUCCUGCAGUGCGAGAGUCACAACUUUGGCAUCUGGUUCGUUGGCAGCAUCGCCGCGGCUUGGAUCACCUACGGCACCCGCAAUAUCCAAAGCACUUGCGAAGAGGCCAUGGAGGCUCUCAAGCAGUACCAUGGCGAAGGCGGCGAAACGGAGCUCGUGCGACUGGAGUUUGAAGAAAUCCGUGCUGCGAUUGACCACGAAAAGCGCUCGGGAACAACGACGUGGCCCUCGAUGGUCAGAACCAAGGGCAACCGUUAUCGCAUGUUCCUCGUCGUCUGCAUGGGGUUCAUGAGCCAGUGGUCCGGCAACGGCCUUGUGGCGUACUGUGAACCUGUCGCGCGUCAUGGACACGGUCGGCAUCACCGACAAAAACACCCAGGCUCUGGUCAACGGACUCAUCAACAUUUGGAACUUUGGCCUCGGCCUGACGACGGCCUUCUUCGUCGAGCGCAUCGGCCGCCGGCCCUGUUCCGCGCGUCGACGCUCGGCAUGCUGACGGUGUUCACGGCCUGGACCAUUGCGUCUGCUCUCUUCGACCAGAGCCGGGCCAAGUCGGCCGGCAUUGCCGUCAUGGCCCUGAUCUUUGUCUUCCAGUUCUUCUACUGCAUCGCCUUUUCGCCGCUGCCGGUCGCGUACUCGGUGGAGGUCCUGCCGUAUUCAAUCCGCGCCAAGGGCAUGGCCACUUACGUCUUCUCCACCAAGGCGGCCGUUUUCUUUAACCAGUUCAUCAACCCUAUCGGGUUGGAAAACAUUGGCUGGCGCUUCUACCUCGUGUACGUGGCUAUCCUGGCUGUCGAGAGUUUCAUCGCCUACGGCUGGUUCCUCGAGACCAAGGGCAAGGCUCUGGAGGAGAUUGCAGUCAUCUUCGACGGAGAGGCGGCUGAUGUGCGCAUGGACGAUGGUCACAAGUUGGAGGGUCUUGUGGAUGUUGAGGAAACGGAGAAUGUCCACCGCAAGGUAUAG